AUGUCCCCCAUUCCCCGUGCAGCCCGCCUUUCAAACAUGAUCAAUUCCUUAUGCCAGUCGUCAAGCAGGCCAACCCGACAGACUGCCGGUGAAGUCCGUGCGACAUGGCUGGCGAACCUGACCAAGGAAGCCAGCCAGGGCAGCGGCGAGCUGCACCCCGUGCUGCGAGAAUUCCAGCAACUCAUUGAAUCCAACCAACGCAUCUACAUGCUCUUCCAAUCCAUGUGGGCCCAGGCCCAGGAGCAGGGUCCCGAGCGGAACCGAGACCAUGAGGUCCAAGACUAUCAGCAGAUGCUACAAGUGCUGAACUAUAUCAUAACGCGCGCACCGCCCUACACGGACAUCCUCGCCGGGGUCCCCAUGAUCGGGGUGUUCCAAUAUGCCAUCCCGACCAUCAGCGGCUACGCCGUCUUCAUGGAUCCGGAGGUGAACGCCAUGCUGAAAAAGGUGCUGGAUGCGUGGGCCCAGUUUCUCUCAUCGCCGGAAUCGGCAUCGGUGCUCGAUACCUCAUCGACCGGCUGGUUCAGUGACGGGUCGAUGCGCCAACUAAUCACCAUGGGCAAUGUCGGCGGGACGACCUAUGGGUUUGACGAGCUGUUCGUCUGUGACUGCCAUGCUCCCCACUACGGCUUCCGGUCUUGGGAUGCGUUCUUCACGCGCCAGUUUAGAGAGAACGUUCGGCCGGUCGCCUCGCCGGAUGACGACGCUGUCAUCGCCAAUGCAUGCGAAUCGCAGCCCUUCACUUUGGCCAGGAAUGUGAAAGCCCGGGAUAGCUUCUGGAUCAAAGGCCAGACCUAUUCCCUGGUUGAUAUGUUCGGGGCUGGGUUUCCGGACGCCUUCAUCGGUGGGACGAUCUACCAAGGCUACCUAGACACGUUUAGCUAUCACCGGUGGCACGCGCCCGUUUCGGGGAGGGUUGUGAAGGCGUACACGAUCAACGGGACGUAUUGUUCCACUCCCCGAGCCAUCGAGAGGGAUACUGAAUAUCACCACAAAGGGGUUGAAAUUGCUUAUCAGGUAUAUUUGUCCGCAAUGGCAACACGAGCAGUCAUCUUCAUUCAGUCGGAAGACCCGGAUAUCGGCCUGGUGGGCUUCCUGGGGAUUGGGAUGGUGGAGAUCUCAACGUGUGAGAUUACGGUGAAAGAAGGGGAGUAUGUCAAGAAGGGGGACCAGAUUGGAAUGUUCCAUUAUGGAGGAUCGUCCCACUGUGUCAUCUUCCAGAAAGGGGUCAACGUUACGGGCUUCCCGGAAAUUGGACGCAAGGAGAAUGUGCCUGUCCGGGGCAAAUUGGCUGUUGUGCAGCGGUAG